ACUCGAUAAAAUUCGCUGCAUAUAAAAGCGGUAAUCCUCCUUGAUAUUCUUCAAGUAUCAUACAUGGAUAGGUGUACACUCUCACUCUUUUCCACCAUCCGUUGCUUAUCUUUCUUUGAGCUUGAGAUAUCAUAAUAAGCAAAGCGCACUUCAGUCAGCGGUGUACUCAUCCAACGACUUAUAUACUCUAUUCAUAUUGAUCCACCAGUGAUCUUUUUGUACCCUUCAAUUUAUAGAAUUGCCUUUGCUUGAGAUACUUCUUAUGCUCAACCUCAACAAGCAACUCUUCAAAUUGUUAAGGACAACACCAGCCUCAAAACUACCUAGCAAAAUGUCCUUAUCUCAGCUUGUGGAUUCAAAAACACAUUUGAUACCUGGAAAACUAAAAGUUUCGGAACUAUUUUUCGAGGUUCCUUUGGACAAACAGCCAGGAGCAUCUGCUUUGAAAAAUAAGACUCUAACACCAGCCUACCUCUCUAGCUACUCUAAUGAAUCAAAAGGCUCAAUUCGAAUAUUCGCACGCAGUGUUAUCAAGUAUGAGAGCCCAGCUACAAAACCCACCGAAGAAGAAACCCGGAAGUCUUCCCAAAAGCCCUGGUUUGUUUACCUCCAAGGUGGACCAGGUUUUGGAUGCAGACCACCUCAAGAUUCUCCAAUUACCAAUGUAGUUCUCGAUAAAGGCUAUCAAAUGUUAUAUGUUGAUCAGCGGGGAACUGGAUUGAGUAAUCCUAUUUCAGCUGGUACUUUGGCUUUGCAGGGAGAUGCUCAACGUCAAGCCGAUUAUCUUAAGCAUUUCAGAGCUGAUAAUAUCGUGAGGGAUUGUGAGGCUAUAAGAAAGAUACUCACUGAUGAUUAUCCUGAAGAACUCAAAAAAUGGUCCGUGUUCGGCCAAUCAUUUGGUGGUUUCUGCAUCCUCACAUAUCUCUCUUUUCACCACCAAGGUCUACGUGAAGUUUUCACCAGCGGCGGUCUUGCCCCAGUUGGUCACUCAGCCGAUCGAGUCUAUCGUGCUACCUUUCAAAAAGUAAUUGAGAGGAACCGAGCCUACUAUCAAAAAUUUCCCGAAGAUGUUGCUGUUGUUCAAGGUCUGGCAAUUCACAUCAGCGCUAAGAAUGGACUUCAAAUGCCAUCUGGUGGUACAUUGACUGUGAGAAUGUUCUUAACUAUGGGUAUUCAAUUUGGGUUCCAUGGAGGUUUGGAUCUGGUUCAUGAUAUUGUGUUAAGGAUGAGUUCGGAUUUGGAUCAGUAUUCGUUCGUUACUAAACCUACUCUUAAGGCUAUUGAGGAUAUAGUCAGUAUGGAUAGCAAUGUGAUCUACGCUAUCCUGCACGAAUCCAUCUAUUGCGAAGGCAAAGCGUCAGACUGGGCCGCCGACCGAGUAGGAAGAUCCCUUUCUGAAUUCAAAUGGCUCACCGGGCGUCCCCGUUCCCCUUCCUCCCUAAUCAGCGAGCCGCUCUUCUUCUCCGGUGAAAUGAUUUAUCCCUUCAUGUUCGAAACCUCCCCCGAACUUUCCGCCAUCUAUCCAGCCGCCAAGAUCCUAGCCGAAUACACAGAAUGGCCUCCUCUCUACGACGAAUGGCAAUUGGCACGAAAUGAAGUCCCCAUGUAUUCAGCUACGUAUGUGGAUGACAUGUAUGUGGAUUUUGGGCUCGCGCAGGAAACAGUUAGAUUGGUGAGGGGAUGUAAACAGUGGGUUACUAAUGUGAUGUAUCAUGAUGCUGUGAGGAGUAAGACUGAAGAAAUGAUGGCGGAACUCUUUGCGCUGAGAGAUGACGUUAUUGAUUAGUAGAAGGAGAGAGAGAGAGAGCGUAGGGAGAGAAGGAAAGGGGAGGGAAAAGAAGAAGAAAAGAAAUGAUAGAAUAGGAAGCGAGCAUUUAUAAUCCGAGGAAUGUCGAUGCUACGAGUACAGCUCAACACGCAUCUGAAUCCCAUCCAUCAACGUUGAGCUUCACGUUCGGUACAAACAAUACCUUUAGACUUACCUACCCAGUAUCAAAACUAAAGGAUUAAAUCAAUCGUAUUUGCGUUUCAGCCCCCGGUGACUUGAUUUUUGAUUUUGAUUUCGAUUUUGUAUUUAGUUCUUUGAGGUUUAAGAUUUUAAAGGGUGACUGACUAACUCCAGAGUCUAGAACACCAG